GCAAAAAUGGCGACUGCUUUUUUGUUCUCGAUCCGUCAAAAUUUCACCAAGCAAAAGAACGAGAAGAAGAACAACAAAGAAGAAACAAAGGACAAGAAAGUAAGAUAAUGCAGCAAGCCAGCAAGCAACCAAAAGACGGAGAUCAUCUGGGCCAGCUUUGCGGAAAAGAAGGCUCUUCCUGGAGAAUCCAGGUCUCCACGCGCUGUUGCCUUAACCAGCGGGACCAACCCAACUCCCUCAGCAUAGCGACCAGGGCGGGUUGGGCCUAAAUCGUUUCAGCGGUCCGCGUACACCGCUCGGAAGCUCCCUCGGUAACGCGUAAUGAAGGGAAAAUUAAAUUUUCAUCCAGCCCUACGUUCCGGUGUGCGUAAAAGGUCUAUGCCUGCGUCAGUUCGUUGCAAUGAAUGAAGUGAUCCUGCGAGCACGGCGUGGCGGUGGGAGUCCUGCUAGUCCAAGGAGACACAUAGCGCCCAACUCUUGCUCCGCACCGUCCUUCGGCGUGAAGGAGAUGGGAUGAAAUGUAUUUGUUUCUUUUUUGCUAUUUUUCGUCCUCGUGUCCCAAAGGAGCAACUGCCCUUUCGGAGAAUGGAAAUCUUUGCGAAAUCCUGACCGGAUGACGCUUUGAAAUGGUCAUAUGCAGCUCGUUUUCCAACAGUAGACACAAUUCAUUCCUCGAAUGCACUGCUGGAGGUGUAUGCAUCCUUUGCGGCAGUGGUGGAUCCAUCAGCACGGUUCGUUGGUGUCUCCCUGGCCUUCAUUUUUCAUUCCUUCGAACGUCGGUCUGUCUCUCCAGCAGUCUCCAGGUUUUUGCUCUGCUCCUUCGCUUCCUUUUUGCUCAAAAACGCGUUUCCUGCUCCACCUGCCCUGCAUGCGGUGUUGUAGUUCCUCUACACACGAGCCCGUGCCGGGGCCAUCGGAGCGAAGAAGGUCUCGGAAUGUAUUACGGCGAGCAGCUGCCGUCUGCGCAAACUCUUAAUUUGGUCGUGAUAAAACCUUAUCUAUGUGUAUGAUUGGCCCUUCCGGCCUACACAUACACACGCGGGUGUGAUGCGGCCCGGUCCGAGGUAAAGACGUGGACCGGUGGUUUGGGGGCGGGUGGUCUCCCGCCAUGAAUCGCAACCGUACCGCCUGCCGCCUUGAAGGCCGUCGUACGGGCUACCACACAACACCCCCGAGAAAGGACUACCUGUAGAGUUGUGGAGAUUUUGUCCUCGUCCCUCCCGCACCCCAACCCGACGCCAUCGACCGACCGACCGACGGACACACACGCACGCACAAUCUGUUGGCCCGAAGCAACAUUCCGCUAGCAGCCCGUAGUAUCCGGAGCACUAUAAAUAUAGGGUACCGAACUGGUGCACCUACCAUGACUCGCUGUUGUAUGAAGUGCGCCACAAGCACGUGGUAGAGCAACAACAGACUCGGACGCGCCAGAUCUCGUAGGGAAACUGCAACCAGCGUGAAGCUGGGAGACACGGAAUCCCAAGGAAGUGCUUAGGAGACGGAAUCAGUUCUAACAGUUUAAAAAACGAAAGUAAAAUACUCCCACACCAAACGCAAGUGAAGGAAGCUCCCUGUGCGAGAGGUGUUCGGAGGAGUGCAGGAACAAUCCGACCGUGGAACGGCCAGACAUACGGUGUGAAGCUGUUUGGGAGUGGUGUGCAACAGUUGUUAAAUUAGUGAUUUCAACGCUGCUGCCGUUCUGUUGCUGCGCUGGGCACAGAACCUGUUAACCAGCCUUCCGGAAAAUCUUUCUACCAGUGGAUGUCAGGAAACAGCAGGAUGCUAUAUCGCAGAGUUACCGAAAAGUGGGUCGCUGCCGUCGCAGUCCUCGUACUCGUGAUAGUUUUUACGGCUUCCAUCGAAUCAACGUCUGCUCUAAGCUAUCGAGGCUACAAACAGGAGAUGAAGGAGCAGCCGGACGAUGUGCUGAUAGAUCUGAUUGCACGAUACGGACACACGAUGCUGAGGGCAAAGGAUGAGCUAGAAAAUUCCAAACGGACAGUUGAUUUUGGACUUUCUCGAGGAUACUCUGGUGCGCAAGAGGCCAAGCACCGAAUGGCGAUGGCUGUGGCCAACUUCGCCGGUGGACCCGGGAGGAAAAGAAGAUUCGAGGGAAUCAUGCUGUAAAUUAAAACUAAAACGAGCCAACCAAUUUUUGUCAUGUUAUCAUGAAUAAGUGCAAUACGGUGCAAGUUACGGAAACUGACGAACGAGCCUCACAACACAAUCAAUCGAGCAAUACCGCUUUUUGUCUUCUGUGUCGAACGUAGAGUUUAAAUAAACUAUAUAAACUAAAGUUUUGAUAGAAUGAUGGAA